UCGCCUCUCCCAGCGGGGGACGGCGUCCGGCCUCGCACUUCCGGCGCGAGGAUCCUGGCCGCGAGCGUCACAUACGGAGCGUCAGACCUGGGACCUGUGAGCCCUGCCUCCAGUUAACCAUGGAGAGGGUUGACUCGGGCCACCAGCCUCUUAGGUGAGGACUCUGCCUGGGGCUCCGUGGACCAUUCCGAGUCAUGGAGUCAGAGAGAAUUCCGUUAACCAGGAGAUGUUCCUGUUGAAAGUCGUGGCCCAGCUCAACCAGCUCCUCCUGGGAGCUGCCUUCAAGAGAGACGCCUACACCCACUGACCCAGGAAGCUAAAGUACUGCAGCUUCCACGGAUGGGGAGGUGGGCCUUCGACGUGGCCUUUGUGUGGAAGGCACUCUUGACUCUGGGGCUGGUCCUUCUCUACUACUGCUUCUCUAUUGGCAUCACCUUCUACAACAAAUGGCUGACAAAGAGCUUCCAUUUCCCCCUCUUCAUGACCAUGCUGCACCUGGCUGUGAUCUUCCUGUUCUCCGCCUUGUCCAGGGCGCUGGUUCAGUGCUCCAGCCACAGGGCCCGCGUGGUGCUGAGCUGGACCGACUACCUCAGAAGAGUAGCUCCCACAGGGGAUGCUCUUGUCUCCACAGCACUGGCAACGGCACUUGACGUGGGCUUGUCCAACUGGAGCUUCCUGUACAUCACCGUCUCGCUGUACACAAUGACCAAAUCCUCAGCUGUCCUCUUCAUCUUGAUCUUCUCUCUGAUCUUCAAGCUGGAGGAGCUGCGAGCAGCCCUGGUCCUGGUGGUGGUCCUCAUUGCCGGGGGCCUCUUCAUGUUCACCUAUAAGUCCACACAGUUCAACGUGGAGGGCUUCGCCUUGGUGCUGGGCGCCUCGUUCAUUGGCGGCAUUCGCUGGACCCUCACCCAGAUGCUUCUGCAGAAGGCUGAACUUGGGCUCCAGAAUCCCAUCGACACCAUGUUCCACCUGCAGCCACUCAUGUUCCUGGGGCUCUUCCCUCUCUUUGCCAUAUUUGAAGGUCUCCAUUUGUCCACAUCUGAGAAAAUCUUCCGUUUCCAGGACCCAGGGCUGCUUCUGCGGGUACUCGGGAGCCUCUUCCUGGGCGGGAUUCUCGCCUUUGGUUUGGGCUUCUCCGAGUUUCUCCUGGUCUCCAGAACCUCCAGCCUCACUCUCUCCAUUGCCGGCAUUUUUAAGGAAGUCUGCACUCUGCUGUUGGCAGCUCAUCUGCUGGGUGACCAGAUCAGCCUUCUCAACUGGCUGGGCUUUGCCCUCUGCCUCUCAGGGAUAUCCCUGCAUGUCGCCCUCAAAGCCCUGCACCCCAGAGGUGAUGAUGACCCUAAACCUUUGAAGGGGCUGGGCUCCAACCCUGACCUGGAGCUGCUGCUCCGGAGCAGCCAGCAGGAGGAAGAUGACAAUGAGGAGGAAGAGUACUUCGUGGCCCAGGGGCAGCAGUGACCAGCCAAGGGUUAGCAGCUUGGAUGCAGGCUGCUGCCCACCCGUGGUGCUGCGUCACACUUGGCUGAGCGGCUCAGGUGGGCCUGGGUCACUCUUUGUGACAGGGGGAGAGCAGGGGAGCUGGGAGUUGCCCAGGCUGGGCCUCAGGGCAUUGCGUAGCCACGUGGCAGAGCUCUGGGACAGGGCAUGUGGCUCCUACCCUUCCUUUCAGAGCCUGGUCAAAUGAGGGUGAGCCCCAGGCCACAUGGCCCCAGUUCUGGCCCAAUCUGCGACCAAGCUGUGCUGGAGCCACAGCUGGAGACUACCUGACUCUGAUAGCCACGAUUGGAAUCGCAGAGGCACAAGGGGUUUCUAAGCGGACUGGGUUUGGACUGCAGAGCACUUGGGAAAGAAAGAUGGAGAUGCUGGGGCCUCGUCACCUAUGAAGUGUCUUUGCUUGGAAAGCAGAUUUAUUUAUAGUUGGAAAUAAAUGGUUUAUGGUCCAGUGGC